CUGGGAGCACAGGUCCCCGGAGCCCCAGGGAUGGUCUAGAAGCCGGCGCGAGGCUCGCUGCUCUGCUCCCUGCCGGGUUUGCUGCCUCCUGCCGAUCGCCCAGGGCUGCGAGCCGCGGCGGCCGGGGGCUGCGCGCCGGGUCGGCCCAGGCCGGAGAAGUUAGUUGUGCGCGCAGCUUAGUGCCCGGAGCGAGCGAGAGAGUGAGCAAAGGAGCAGCGAGGCGCCAGGGCCAUGGGCUGGGGGAGCCGCUGCUGCUGCCCGGGACGGCUGGACCUGCUGUGCGUGCUGGCCCUGCUUGGGGGCUGCCUGCUCCCCGUGUGCCGGACGCGCGUCUACACCAACCACUGGGCAGUCAAAAUCGCCGGCGGCUUUCCGGAGGCCAACCGCAUAGCCAGCAAGUACGGAUUCAUCAACAUAGGACAGAUCGGGGCCCUGAAGGACUACUACCACUUCUAUCACAGCAGGACGAUUAAAAGGUCAGUUCUCUCAAGCAGAGGAACCCACAGUUUCAUUUCAAUGGAACCAAAGGUGGAAUGGAUCCAACAGCAAGUGGUAAAAAAACGGACCAAGAGGGAUUAUGACUUCAGCCGUGCCCAGUCCACUUACUUCAACGAUCCCAAGUGGCCCAGCAUGUGGUAUAUGCACUGCAGUGACAACACACAUCCCUGCCAGUCAGACAUGAAUAUUGAAGGAGCUUGGAAGAGAGGCUACACGGGCAAGAAUAUCGUGGUCACCAUCCUGGACGAUGGCAUUGAGAGGACCCACCCGGAUCUGAUGCAGAACUACGAUGCUCUGGCGAGUUGUGACGUCAAUGGGAAUGACUUAGACCCCAUGCCUCGCUAUGAUGCAAGCAAUGAGAACAAGCAUGGGACCCGCUGUGCUGGAGAAGUGGCUGCCGCAGCAAACAACUCUCAUUGCACAGUUGGCAUUGCUUUCAACGCCAGGAUUGGAGGGGUUCGGAUGCUGGAUGGAGAUGUCACGGACAUGGUUGAAGCAAAGUCGGUUAGCUUCAAUCCCCAGCACGUGCACAUUUACAGCGCGAGCUGGGGCCCAGAUGAUGAUGGCAAGACUGUGGACGGGCCAGCUCCCCUCACCCGGCAAGCCUUCGAAAAUGGCGUUAGAAUGGGUCGGAGAGGCCUCGGCUCUGUUUUUGUCUGGGCCUCGGGAAAUGGUGGGAGGAGCAAAGACCACUGCUCCUGUGAUGGCUACACCAAUAGCAUCUACACCAUCUCCAUCAGCAGUACAGCCGAAAGCGGGAAGAAGCCUUGGUACCUGGAAGAGUGUUCGUCUACACUUGCCACGACCUACAGCAGCGGAGAGUCCUAUGAUAAGAAAAUAAUUACUACGGAUCUGAGGCAGCGUUGCACGGAUAACCACACUGGGACUUCAGCCUCAGCCCCCAUGGCUGCGGGCAUCAUUGCACUGGCCCUGGAAGCCAAUCCGUUUCUGACCUGGAGAGACGUGCAGCAUGUUAUUGUAAGGACUUCCCGUGCAGGACAUUUGAACGCUAAUGACUGGAAAACCAAUGCUGCUGGUUUUAAGGUGAGUCAUCUCUAUGGAUUUGGACUGAUGGAUGCAGAAGCCAUGGUGAUGGAGGCGGAGAAGUGGACCACUGUUCCCCAGCAGCACGUGUGUGUGGAGAGCACAGAUCGACAAAUCAAGACCAUUCGCCCCAACAGUGCAGUGCGCUCCAUCUACAAAGCCUCGGGGUGCUCUGAUAACCCCAACCACCACGUCAACUACCUGGAACAUGUAGUUGUGCGCAUAACCAUCACCCACCCCCGGAGGGGAGACCUGGCCAUCUACCUGACCUCGCCCUCAGGAACCAGGUCCCAGCUUUUAGCCAACAGGCUUUUUGAUCAUUCCAUGGAAGGAUUUAAAAAUUGGGAGUUCAUGACCAUUCAUUGCUGGGGAGAGCGAGCUGCCGGUGACUGGAUCCUGGAAGUUUACGAUACUCCCUCUCAGCUGAGGAACUUCAAGACUCCAGGUAAAUUGAAAGAAUGGUCAUUGGUCCUCUAUGGCACCUCCGUGCAGCCAUACUCACCCACCAAUGAGUUUCCUAAAGUGGAACGUGUCCGGUAUAGCCGAGUUGAAGAUCCCACUGAUGACUAUGGGACGGAGGAUUAUGCAGGUCCCUGUGACCCUGAGUGCAGUGAGGUAGGCUGUGAUGGGCCAGGACCAGACCACUGCAAUGACUGUUUGCACUACUACUACAAGCUGAAAAACAACACCAGGAUCUGUGUCUCCAGCUGCCCCCCUGGCCACUACCACGCCGACAAAAAGCGAUGCAGAAAGUGUGCCCCCAACUGUGAGACCUGCUUUGGGAGCCAUGGGGACCAGUGCUUGUCCUGUAAAUAUGGGUACUUCCUGAAUGAAGAAACCAACAGCUGUGUCACCCACUGCCCUGAUGGAUCGUAUCAGGAUCCCAAGAAAAACCUUUGCCGGAAAUGCAAUGAAAACUGCAAGACAUGCACUGAAUCAGACAACUGUACAGAAUGUAGGGAGGGGUUAAGCCUACAGGGAUCCCGGUGUUCUGUUGCCUGUGAGGAUGGACGGUACUUCAACGGCCAGGACUGCCAGCCUUGCCACCGCUUCUGCGCCACCUGUGCUGGGGCAGGCGCUGAUGGGUGUAUUAACUGCACAGAGGGCUACUUCAUGGAGGAUGGGAGAUGUGUGCAAAGCUGUAGUAUCAGCUAUUACUUCGACCACUCUUCAGAAAAUGGCUUCAAAUCCUGCAAAAAAUGUGAUGCCAGCUGUUUGACAUGCAAUGGUCCAGGGUUCAAGAACUGUACCAGCUGUCCCAGUGGAUAUCUCUUAGACUUAGGAAUGUGUCAAAUGGGAGCCAUCUGCAAGGACGGAGAGUACAUUGAUGAGCACGGCCACUGCCAGAUCUGUGAAGCUUCAUGUGCCAAGUGCCAGGGGCCAACCCAGGAUGACUGCACCGGCUGUCCUGUCACAAGGAUUUUGGAUGAUGGCCAUUGCGUUUUGAACUGUCCCUCGGGCAAAUUUGCAUUGAAGAACCGAUGCCAUCUAUGCCACUCUACCUGCCAAGAAUGCCAAGGAGAAGAGCCUUCCAACUGCACCUCCUGUGGAGUAGAUAAGCAUGGCCGAGAGCGUUUCUUAUACUGGGGGGAGUGUCGGGAGAGGUGCCCCCGGGGCCACUACGCCGAUGAAGGCCACACCUGCCAACCUUGCCCAGACAACUGUGAGCUUUGCAACAGCCCACACUUCUGCAUAAGAUGUGUGCAUGGAUACUUCAUGGUACCUGCCAACCACACCUGCCAGAAGUUAGAGUGCAGACAAGGUGAAGUCCAAGACCCAGACUAUGAAGAAUGCAUGCCUUGUGAAGAAGGGUGUCUGGGAUGCAGCUCUGAUGAUCCAGGAACCUGCACAUCAUGCACUACAGGAUAUUACAUGUUCAAACACCACUGUUAUAAAACCUGUCCUGAGAAAACCUACAGGGAAGCAUCUGGAUGCAAAGCGUGUGAAACCAACUGCGGCAGCUGCGACCAGAAUGAGUGUUACUGGUGUGAAGAGGGGUUCUUCCUCUUGGGCGGCAGUUGCGUGAAGAACUGUGGCUCCGGCUUCUAUGGCAACCCAGAGAUGGGAGAAUGUGAACCCUGCCACCAAGCCUGCGAAACCUGCACUGGCCUUGGCCACAACCAGUGCAGCAGCUGCCGAGGAGGGUUACAGCUGCUGCAUGGGACAUGUGUGCGCCCCGCCCGGACCCAGGUGGAAGGCAGCUUCUGGAACGAAACUGUGCCCUCCGCAAGCCCAUCUUCGAUGAAGAGCCUGCUGCAGGAGCGACGAAGGUGGAAGUUCCAAAUCAAAAGAGAUCUUGUGAGAAGAUACCAGCCUUGUCAUUCUUCUUGUAGAACCUGCCAUGGAUCAGCAACCCAGUGUACUUCAUGUCCAAAAGGCGCAUACCUGUUGGCUCAGACCUGCGUCUUGUCCUGUCCCCAGGGCAUGUGGCCCUCAGCGAGGAGUGGCAGCUGCGAGAACUGUACAGAGGACUGUGCCUCCUGCUCUGAAGCCAAUCUUUGCAAAAAGUGCCGAACACAGCCAGACCACCCCCUCUUCCUGCACGAAGGCAGAUGCUUCACCAAGUGCCCUGAGGGCUUCUAUGUGGAAGAUGGCACUUGUGAACACUGCAGUUCUUCCUGCAGAACAUGUGAAGGAAAUGCUACCAACUGCCACUCGUGUGAAGGGGGCCUUGUCCUGGACCAGGGGAUGUGUCGGGAAACCUGCCCAGAGAGACAUGUGGCGGUGGAGGGGGUGUGCAAGCAUUGCCCAGAGAUGUGUCAGGAUUGCAUCCAUGAGACAACAUGCAAAGAGUGCAUGCCUGAGUCCUUCCUCUACAACGAUGCAUGCCAUCAGUCCUGCCCCAGCCACUUCUACGCAGAUGCACGCCUCUGUGUCCCCUGCCAUGAAGACUGUCUGGAGUGCAGUGGCCCCUCAGCAGAUGACUGUGACCUCUGUGCUGAGGCAUCUUUGAUUCUCUACAAUGGGCAGUGUUUGGAGGAAUGUCCAGAAGGAACUUACUUUGAAAAAGCAACUAAGGUUUGCAAAGACUGUCCCAAGUCCUGCCGGAGCUGCUCAUCCUCGGGGAUCUGCACGACGUGUCGGGAAGGCCUGAGGGUGAACAACCACGGGGGCUGCGUGCCUCACACCGAAUGCGCCACCGUCGAGUACUGGGAUGAGGAGGCCCUGGCGUGCAAGGCCUGUCACGCCAAAUGCUUCCGCUGCACCGGGCCUUCCGAGGACCAGUGUCUCACCUGCCUGCGGGAUAGCCUUCUUCUCAAUACGACCUGUGUGAAAGAUUGCCCUGAGGGCCACUAUGCUGAUGAGGACAGCCACCGGUGUGCCCCCUGCCACAGCUCUUGUAGGACAUGUGAAGGGAGACACAGCAUGCAAUGUCUCUCCUGCCAGCCAGGCUGGUUCCAGCUGGGAAAGGAGUGCCUGCUCCAGUGCAGAGAAGGAUUUUACGCGGAAAACUCCACGCAGCGGUGUGAGAGGUGCAACAGGAGCUGCAAGGCCUGCCGGGGCCCAAGGCCCACAGAUUGCCUGUCCUGCGAUCCAUUCUUCUUUCUCCUCCGAUCCAAGGGCCAGUGUCACAGCACCUGCCCCGAGCAUUACUAUGCAGAGCAAAGCACGAAGACCUGUGAGAGAUGCCACCCAACUUGUCAUAAAUGCAAAGGACAAACAGCAUUGGAUUGUUUAUCCUGUGUGUGGAGUUACCACCUGAUGGGAGGAAUCUGCACCUCGGACUGUCUUGUGGGGGAGUACAGAGUGGGAGAGGGGGAAAAAUUUAACUGUGAAAAAUGCCAUGAGAGCUGCAUAGAAUGCAAGGGACCUGGCACCAAGAACUGCACUGUGUGCCCUGCCAACCUGCUGCUGCACAUGGAUGACAGCCGCUGCCUGGCCUGCUGCAAUGCCUCCGAUCCUGCCGAUGCCCAGGAGUGCUGUGACUGCCAGGACACCACAGAUGAGUGUAUCCUUCGAGCAAGUGAGGCUAAGUCUGUAGGUGAGCGUUCCAAGACCGCCUUGUUCAUCACCUCCUCCAUCAUGCUGGUGCUUCUGCUGGGGGCAGCUGUGAUUGUCUGGAGGAAAUCUCAGGGCAGAGUUAAGCCCGCAGAAAAGGCCGGCUACUUAAAGCUGGCUGACCCAAGCAAGUCUCACUCAUCCUAUAAGAGCAGCCAUCUCGAAAGCACUAGCUUUGAAGAGGAUCAGGUGAUUGAGUACAGGGACCGGGACUAUGAUGAGGAUGAGGAUGAUGACAUUGUCUACAUGGGCCAAGACGGCACCGUCUAUCGGAAAUUUAAGUAUGGGCUGCUGGGUGAUGAAGAUGAAGAUGAGCUGGAAUACGAUGAUGAGAGCUACUCCUACCAGUAAACAGAGGCCACCCCACCCCCACCCCAUUCCACUCGCAAGCAUGCGUGUACACCUUACAGUUUUGGAUUUUAUCCCGACACACCAGGCUGAUCUGUGGAUGUAUUUAUUUUCUUAACCAUGAGUACAACUAGAAGUGUGUAAGAAUGCUCCAAUAUUUUGUUCUUCUUUUGGAUGGCUAAACUCAAUCAUAAUUGCUCAACCAUAAUUGAAGAACAAGGAUAAAAUUCAGAGAUUUUCCUCAAAACAAACAGUAUGUCAAGACACAAAACACAGGAAGUAAAAAAGUGAGAUUUGUGCAAAAUGUUUUAUUUGAUUCAGAAAAGGGCAUGGAGCUAUAGAAAUUCUGUUUCUCAGCUGUAUUGUGGAGAUAGAUAUCUCCUGCCUUCUCAAUUUCUGAUAUUUCUGUAAUCAUUUUGGGGGAUGGAGAAACAAAGAGUUGUUUGUCUUAGGGGAUUUUUCUCCCCUUUUAAUUCUCUUUGGGCAGAGAUUUGUCCUGUAAAAGGCAAACAAAGAAGGUUCUCCCCAUCAUACCAUUUAUACCAGUUACUCCAGAUCAUCCCUAAGCAGAAGAGACCACCUUCACUGAGCCUGGUCAUGACCUAUUUAUAGAUAAGGGAGGUAGCAUCAUAGCCAUGGAACACAUGUCCACCAGGCCCUGGUUCCUCUGCAGUAAUCCAUUGUCACUAUGCUUCUAGAGCAAGCUUUGGCAGGAGAUAGGCAGCCAGCCCAGGUGGAAACAAAUCACUGUUUCCAAGAAUUGCAGCCUUACACCCUCAUGAUUUUUCUAAGAGCAUUUCUGGUUUGAAACAUCAGCUAAAACAUCAAGUUAUAAAAGAAGAACAGCAACACUAACCUAACAUAAAAUGGGAUACAAUGACAAAACCAUCAGAUGCUCUUAAGAAAAGAUGUUAGCUACUAAAUUAAAAAGCUUUUAUCAACAGCCCAUCAAAAAACUGUGGACUCUCCACAGAAAAAGUUAGAAUGGAGUCUAAAAAUAAUAAAUAAUAAGUUCCCAACAUCCUGCUCCCUAGCUUAAUCUCUCUCUCUCACACACACACAAUGUAUUGCACAGACUAUGUACCAGGUACCCAACUAAUUCCUGUAAAAAAAUUCACCCCACUUAAUACCACUAUAAUUUCAUGAGGUUGGUUAUCAUUAUUCCUUUUUUUUUUCAAAUGGGAAAUCCAAGGCUUAUGAAAGGUUAAGUUGCUAAGGUCCCAGAAAAGUAAUCAAGAUUCAAGAAAAAAGAAUGACUCUAAAGUUUGUGUUCUUAAUAACUAUGCUACACUGACACAAGGUGAAAAAAGCAUCCUAAAUGUAAUAAAGUCAUGUCUAUUAUUUUAUUUUACGAUAUGGCAACACUAUUAUCAUUCCUAAAUGUGUACAUUUUCUUUUCUUUUUUUAAAAUAAUGUAUCACUGACCCAGGAAAUCUCUGUAAAGUUUUCAGUUUACUGAAGGCUUUAGUGUUUCUUUAGGAGAAAGCUCUUAAAACAAACGUUGGCGAACUUUUCUCUGGAAAGAGCCAGAUAGUAAAUAUUUUAGGCUUUGCACAUUAGGCUUUGCACAACUAUCAGCUCUGCUGUUGUGGCACGGAAAGCAGCCAAUCCACAAGAAAUGGGUGAGCUGUGCUCCAAGAAAAUUUUAUUUAUGGACACUGAAAUGUGGAUUUUAGAUAAUUUUCACAUACCAUAAAAUAUUCUUCUUCUUUUGAUUUUUUUUCCUCAAUCACUUAAAAAUGUAACAACCAUUCUUGGCUCAUGGCAGUACAGAAACAGGUGAUGGGUCAUAUUUGGCCAAGAGACUGUUAUUUCCUGACCUCGUCUUUAAAGAAAAAAUUCUUAAGAGACUAUGUGUAUCAUACACACAUAUGAUAUGCUUCCAAAAUUUUUGAUCCUUUAAACUCGCCUCUUCAAAAUCUAUCUGAAGCCUUUGUAGUUCUCAUUUCACUUCCUAGAAACAAGUAAAAAUAUAUGUCAAAUAGCCAUCUUUUCUGUGGAAGAAUUCCUCGUCUCUUGUUGUGUAAUUGCAGUGUAGCUUAUGUAAAUAAUUUUGCCUAUACUGUGUUGUUCAUCUUGCCUGACAAUUCUAAAGCUCUGAUAGACUGAGUUUGACAUUUCUUUGUGUAGCCUGGAAAUGGUUUUCCAAGAAAAACCUGUGUUUAUGAUACACAGUUAAAAAUUAAAUGAGGUCACGAUGACAUGGAAUACUAGAGAAACAGUGGUGUUACUCUAUGUGAUGCUGAAAAGAAGGCUUAUGCUGUGUAUGGCUAGUUGGACAUCUUUCCUUCUUUGUUCUUAGGCCACGUUACUCUCAGACGUCUUUUGAAUACUCCACCAACUGUCUAAAGAGAUAUAUAUGUGAUUGGAAAACAAAGUCACUUUUUGGUUC